AAAAAAAGCACCGGGUUUGUUCUCCUCCAGCCGAUGGGUGAGCUUUGUAGGAUAGGAAGAAUCAACAACGAGCUUGGUUGAUUUGUCUGGCGGCGAGGGGAGGUUUUGUUUUGCUUUUGCGAUGUCUCAUGUUUUUUCAACCGGGAGGACGGACGGGGGGUUUAAAAAUCACUUUGAUCGACGAGUUCUUGGUUUGUAUUACUUUCUGUUUUCUUUCUUUCUUCUUUCGAUUACUUCUUGUUCCUGGCUUCUGUCUGUGGUUUUUUUCUUUUGUUUUGUUUUAUCUUUCCUUGUCCGGAUGGAUUCCUGGUGUUCGGGUAAGGACGUCGGGUUCAUUCUUCAUGUUGCUUUCUUGUUUAAUGUCUUCUUUUGUCAUUCAAAGGUGAGUAUAAAUUGGUAAGGAGAGAAAAGUGAGAGGCGAGACGAUAGAGAGAGAGAGAGAGAGAGAGAGAGAGAGAGAGAGAUUUGACCGGAACAUAUACCAGUUCAGUUCAGUUCAGUUAUUCACAGCUCUUGUCCAGGCUACCUAGCCUGGACUCUGGGUAAGUCUGGCGGUUGUUUUAUGCGUUUUGUGUAGUGGUAGCUAGUGCAUCUAAGCAGCGGUGCUGUUGGUGGUGUUGGUGGUGGUAACGGCGGUGCUGAGAGUAAUGAUCAUGGGAGAGCUGGAGUCAUUUGUUUUAGUCAACGUGAUGUGCAUGAGCUGUGGGGGC